ACGGCAUCGUCCAAGUGGCCUCUAUCCAUAAGUACACCGAUUGUGAUGCAUGUAGACGUACUAGGACGCAUCCACAGCUUACAUACGUAUUUGAGUAAGUACUGUAGCACCCCAACGCGGACGUACCAAAUGACGUCACGCCUGCGAAGUUCAAAUAGGCAUCCAAGCUCGAAUACAUCUUCAACCUCGACACGCUUCGGCGUGCCCGUUCCCAUCAAAGCCAUGCCCGCACAGCUCUCCGCGCAGGAAGAGCGGAACGUCUCCACGGUCCUGAAGUAUAUGCGCACCGCAUAUUCCUACGAGCUCAAUUCGGGUAAAAAGAGUGUGCUCGAGUUCUGUGCGCCGGAUAACACAUUCUCGGCACCGUCGACGUUCCCGAUGGCGCAUACGGUCCUGAAGAGCCUGAACGACCUCCACAUCAUCCAGUUCGACGUCGUCAUCGCGAAAGAGGACUUCGUCUCCCUGCGCUACACCGCGGAGGGCACCCAUACUGGCGAACCUCACGGCGGGGUCGAGCCCCACGGGCAACAUGCGCAGUGGACGGCCCAGGGGUCGUUCAUCAUGGAAGGUGGGAAGAUUAAACAUUGGUGGAAGGACUGGGACAAGAUGAGAAUGUGGAAAGGCCUGGGAUGGGUGAAGCCCACUGACGCCGAGUUCAUCUAAACACGCGCGCGGUCCGGGGAGCUCGCGAGGAGCACCGCCGCGAUAGGCAUGGGCGAACGGAAGCAUCCACAAGGCACCUCCUGCUGACGUGGUGUGAGAAUGCACUUACGGACGCCAAGUCGAAUGUAGCA